CUGCUGGCCAUCGGGUCCCUCGUCUGACCCCUUGUGCGCUGUAAUACUCUUCGGCUUCACGAAUAUCACGAUUGCAUAGUCUUGGACACCAUGGCCCUCUUAGCCACCCUCUUCGCGCUCGUGUUCGUCACCGAGCUAAUAUCUUGGAUAGGACAAAGCGUCUUCCUUGAAUUUUUCUAUGCGAUAUACUUGCGCAUAUUCUACAGCUCGACGGCCGCGCAACAAAAGAAGCUUAAGGCCGACAUACUGUUGAGCAAGAAGGAGCUCCUGCAGACGAGCGCGCAGGACCAGUUCGCCAAGUGGGCGAAGCUGAGGAGGAGCGUGGACAAGGGCCUAGCGGACCUCGAAAAGCUCAAUGGCGAGCUCUCGUCCGCCCGGACAUCCUUCUCCCUCAAGUUCAACUCAGCUCUGUGGAUAAUGACGACCGGCCUCCAGAUCGUUAUCGGCUGGUGGUUCCGCAAGGCCGCCGUCUUCUACCUGCCCCCGGGCUGGUUCGGCCCCCUGACGUGGUGGCUCGCACUGCCCUUCGCGCCCGCGGGCUCCGUCUCGUGUGGUGUAUGGCAGAUGGCGUGCAGGCGCGUUAUCAAGGUCGGGGAGCGCGUCGUGAGAGACUUGGCAAGUCCUAGUCCGAGCGAGGGGACUGCGGGACCCGUUCCGUCGGAACAGCAAAGGAAAGGCCAAGAGGACGCCGGGAAGAAGGCGAUCUGAAGGGGGCGGAUAUUUCUGGGACGCGCUCUGUACGACGCUGUGUAUGUACACCUUAUCGACGAUUACCGUUGCCCAAAGCCGGAGGCACCCACGC